AUGUUUUCAUGCCCAUGCAGACGUGUAUGGAUUUGUCAAAUCCAUGGGACAACUUGAGGAAUAUUGCUGUGACCAUGAAACAAAGCAUAAACUGAGAAUGGUCAUUACCGAUAAUGAGACUGCCACAAAUUUGUAGCUCUUUUAAUGCUACCAGAGUAUUGUAUAAUCCUCCAAUUAAAGAAGUGAAAGAUCUUAUGCAUAGGGCAAGGGACCAAUCAUCCCCAAUCCUAACAGUAGGAACACAACCCUUGACACCUGCUUCUACUCAAUCAUCUGGAUCAAGCAUGAUGCGCAAUACAUAGAAAAUAGAUAUUGCCCAGAUUCAGGACCAGGAAGUGAAUUCCAGUUUCUUAAUUCAUGGCACAAUUAUGAAGCUAGACACUCGUCAUGGAUGGAAUUACGAUGGAUGUACUAAAUGUGCUAUAAAGACCAUUGAACAGAAUGAUUCUACUUAUUGUCCCACCUGUAAAAAGAAACCCGAUUCAGUUGAACCAAAGUUGAAGAUUCACUAUACUGUGGAAGACGAGACAGGAAAGGUUACUGUUGUAUUUUGGGACAAGCUAGCUGUGCAGCUUCUUCAUAAGACUGUAGCUGAACUGAAGGCCAUUCUUCAUGAUGACAAACGCACAUAUGACUUUCCUGAUGAAUUGGACAACCUGAUUGGCAAGAAAAUGAUUCUUAAGCUUAAGAUUAAUGCAUACAACAAGAAGUAUUCAAACUCAAGCAUAAGUGUCACUCAAUACACUGAAUGUGGUGAUUUAAUUAACGAAUUUACAGAAGCUAAUGAUGAGGGCCAAGUGGAGGAUAAUUCAAAAGAGGUUAGUAACCAACAUAUGGAUAAGCCUCAAAAUGAUGAGCCUGUUGAGAAGCACCAGCUAUCUGUUCAGCAGGUUCCUCAGAACUAUGUCGGACUAGAAGAGAUAACAAUUACUGAGUUAGUGAAGACACAACUUGAACCUGCAGUUGCACAAACCAAAGGCAAGAGGAAAUGUGCUGCAAAGAAGUAA